AGUCUAUCGGCUUCAAGCAUAGACACCGGACACAGUGUGAAAGCCAACAGGAAACUUCACUUAUUAGAGGCAAAUACGAUUUAUUGUUGAGGGGGAUCGUCCACGCGUGGGGUCUGUGUUUCUUUCACCAGUGAUUACAAUGAAUUAAUCUGACACUGAUAUACUUUGAAUUUGGUGGAAGCCGUGACGAGAAGAAGCUGAGGCGAUGCUGGGCACGGGGGGGAACAAGGCAGCGGCGCUGGUGACGAUGGCCGUGAUAACGAUCAUAGCGGCGCUCGUCCCCCUGUACGUCCGAAAGCUGCUCAAGGGCCGCAUGCACCUGCCCCGCACGCAGAGGGCGCUGAGCGGGUGCCUGUGCUUCGGCGCGGGGGUGCUGAUGGCAACGGUGUUCCUGCAUCUUCUCCCCGAAGCCCGGAUGUUUGUAAACGACGCCAUGCACGGAGGCUUCCUGCCGCACACUCCCUAUCCAGUGGCGGAGCUCAUCGUCUGCAUUGGAUUCAUCAUUAUUUACAUCAUUGAAGACGUAGUGCACGCGUGCGUCAAAAGACCGUCCAGCGGAAAAAAACACAAGGACUUGGAGAUGAAAAGAAAAAAAGAACAAGACAAAGACGUCCGGCAUGAAAACGCAGAGGAAGGAAGUAAAUCAAGAAAACAGGAGGAGGUGGACGAGAGUUUCCAGCAUCUCAUGGAAGGCCACGCGGAGCACAGGCCGGAGCCCGCGGGCCAUGCUCACGAGCACGGCCUCACUCAGGGGAUCUCCCUUCUUCGCGCCGUCAUCGUGGUAGUGGCGUUCUCCUUCCACAGCGUGAUGGAGGGCUUAGCUCUCGGCCUGCAGGAGACGUCCGCGGGCGUGUGGUUCCUCUUCGCCGCCCUCAUGGCCCACAAGGUCUUCAUUGCCUUCUGCUUGGGCAUGGAGCUCCUCGAGGUCGGGGUAACGCUCGUCCCAUUCGUGGUGUCCAUGGUCAUCUUCUCGCUCUCGUCGCCCGUUGGAGGGGCAAUGGGCGCGCUGGUGCUGUCCCUGUCCACUGGGGAGACCACGGCAGGCGUUCUGGUGCCCACCUUCCUACAGGGGAUCUCUGCUGGCACCAUCUUGUACGUGACCUUCUGCGAGGUCCUAGAGAGAGAGAGAGCCAAGCCCGACGGCGGCCCCGUGCGCCUGGUGUGCUUCAUCAUCGGGUUCGGGUUCAUGUCCGGCUUACAGGUUCUGGACGAGGCGGGCAAUAAGCUGGCGUCCUCGCUGGCUGCACCUGUGACCAACAGCUCAGUCGUUUAGGCUGUGUUCUUUAAGGAGCAGAUGCUGAUGCGUGUACUUAGCAGGUUGUGCCUCCUGUUUCCUUACUGUUCUAUAUCCUUUUUUGACACUAACCAACAGUGAUUUUUUGUACAAUAUAUCUUGGCCAAUACUAAUGUCACUGCCAUCACCAUCUGAAGUAGCGUGUCCAAAACGCUCCAAAAGGCGGGGGGGGGGCGGAUUGUGUAACUGGAUCCGCCACUAUUCAUCUGCAUCGUUAAAGGCAUCAUUGUUAGUUUAGCACCAUUAUUACCACUACUUUUUGGCACCGUCGCUGCUUUUCCGCCGUGUUGUAGCCUUCAGUCCACAGCUUCACCAUCAGCUCUUUAAUUCUACCGCAGUAGCCAAAAUAUCUAGGAUUUCUAGGUUGUCAUAAAAAGGGUUAGGAGAGCUUCACAAAGGAGGAGAUGAAACUCAGUGUUAUAUUGUGAUAUAGGCAGAACAGUAUCUCUCUCGCCUUUGUGAAGUUCAACAUUCUCAUUCAUGUCUUUGCUGCAUAUGUCCCGCUAGACUGCUAUGAGAAUUUCGUAAAUUUAGGAACACUAAUGCUCCGGGUUCCACCAUUGUUAACUAGCCAUUGUACAUUUAUCAGUUACGUUUUAUCAGUUACUUACUGUAAUAAACAUUCCCUCAAGGACUUUUAACUAGGAAUGAGGAGUUGUUAAACUCUGGUGCCGUGAAGGAGCUUGGUAUGUAACCUAGUUAUCGUUAUCCGUGUUAUCUUUAACAUUUCAACUUUGUAUUUUCAAGUAUGUACUCCCUUUCUUUUUUAUUGAUAAGAUCUGUUGUGCAUAAUGUUGUCUGUCUGGUACCUCGUUAACUGUAUGUGAACAGGUGUUUUGCGUGCGUAUAUGUACAACAUACACAUAUGUUUGUUUGUGUGUAUAUGUAUGUGUAUGGAUAUGCAUAUGCAUAUAUGUGUGUGUGAGUGUGUGAGUGUGUGUGUGUGUGUGUGUGUGUGUGUGUGUGUGUGUGUGUGUGUGUGUGUGUGUGUGUGUGUGUGUGUGUGUGUGUGUGUUUGUGUGUGUGUUAGGUGCAUGCGCGCCUAUAUCAGUGCUGUCUAUGCGUGUACAUAAACAACUCUAUAGCAAUAUAUAAAAUAAAAUACUUGAUAUACAUAUAAAGCUAAAA